UUCCCUUCGCACCGGUUCGUGCCGUCGGGUCCGGCUCGGCUCGUGCACAUACGCCAUGGUCUCUCGUGUCGAAUCGGGCCAGCUUCGUGGUGCCCAGCUGGAUCCGGACGCCCAUUUGUCGGUCUCGAGCAGCUCGUCGUCGGACCCAACCGGACCCAACCGGACCGAACAGCAGAUAUAUCCGUUCUCGAUCGGUGUGUCAUCUCACCGUGGAAACCAGCAGCAGCGUGUCUCGGUGAUCUGAUGUAACCCCCUUCUCUCUCCCUCUCUCUCUCCCUCUCUCUCUCUCUCUCUCUCUUUCUCUAUCUCUUUCUCCCUGUCUCCCUCUGUCUUUCUCUGUCCCUGUUCCUCUGUCGUGAAACCGCAUCGGCCGUGUGGAUCGCCUCGAUUAGACCAGAACGGUUGAGCGUCGCCGAGCGGUCCCAACGUCUGGAUCCGUAGAGCGCACUUGUUGGUCGCCGAUGCAGCCUGCAUUUCGUCGCGCGCGCGUGGCCACGAUUCAUCCGGCGAUCCCGCGCUGCUGAUUCAACCUGCUGCUCCUGUUAGACCCGGUGCUGGACCUGGUGUGGACCUGGUAUCGGACCGACGAGCAACGAUCGUCCGGUCGUGGUCUGACCGACGACUUCCAUCGAGGGCCCGAACCCGUGGACGCGCCGCUGGAAAUACGCGGGCCCCGCGGAUGAUUUACCGAGAACGGGAUUUACGAGCGUGGAUCGUACGCAGCGAGUUUCGCCGGGGUUUCGCGGUGUACCGACACGUACCUUGGAGCUCCCGUGACUCAGUGCUCGGUCAACCUUGUGCUAAUUUUCGUGCGUACCGUCCGGGCCAUCUGUCAAAAAGUUCGUUUGUCAACGGAGGGACAGGAUCGGAGAGGUUACGGGAGGACCGAGGACCGACCGCCGAUGGACACCGCGGCACGAGUGCGUCGAGGAGCAGGGAAUCUUUCCGGUCGAGGAGAAAGCCGUGAUUUCGCGGUGCUGCGCGAUUAAUCAAUUAAUCGUUCCGGGGAACGAGCGAUUUUCUCGGACUGGUUCGAGUCAUCCUCGAUGCGCUACCGUCGCCGAACACAAUUCCGCGUAUAACCGCGCGGAGAUUAAUUGUCCCCGUUGCAGCCGGGGCCCGGGCACGCCGAGCAAAUCAAAACGUUCACGGUGUCGUUUCUCGUGAACUGAUAAAGCGAUACGUGCACUCUCGCGGCCGAUUAAGAUAAAAAAAACCACGGGCCUCUCGGAAAGAAAAAUAUUUAUACUCCACGGCGGAACGUCGUUGUAGCGGCCGCCGCUGGUCGCUCGCCAGCUAUCGACACUCCGAAACGAUUCUCCCGGUCAAUUAACGAUCGCGAAUCGAUCGUGCCGCGGGAAAAGUUUUCCAGUGAAAGUGCUUUCGUUUCGUCGCCGGUGCCGUCGCCGUCGCCGCCGCCGUUGUUGUUGCUGCAGCCGUUAAACGUUGCCGUUGCUGCUCCUAAUGCGAUUCCAUUUCGAAUGCGAAUUCGUGAUUAAUUAAGAUCGGAGAGAAAUGCAUGCGGCCUGCACCGAAGAACGAUCCUGAGGAGCAGCUCGGCCGAUACGUGACUCCCGAUGCAGAAACGGAUCCGUUAUUUACCAAUCUAGUCACAUUGACUUUCGAUCGGUCCAACGCUGGGACAGGUUCUCCGAUUGUAAUCGGCGAGCGCGGAGCCGUGAGAAAUAUAAUAUUACGAUAAUAUUAUCUCUCGCUGUCUGAUAAGGCUGACGGUAAGCGAAUUCUCUAAUCUUGGCAAGCAAGGAUUUUCGAUAAAUCUUUCGCCGCUGUCGAGGCGGAUCGCGGAGUAGUUGUGUUUGCGCCUUCGGACGAAUUCCGAGGUGGUUUCGAGGAGGAUCGGCCUCGCGAUCGGAAGGGAGUAAGCAAGAGGAGCAUCUAUAGAUUUGAGGAACGUUCAUUAUCGUUAAAGCGUUCAGCCUCGUUGUCGAGUAAUGUACGCGAUUGAACGACGCCGAGUCAACGAUCGUUUCGGAACGACACGCGACGCGACCAGCUCGGCAUUCAGACAGAUCUCUGUUUCGAAGUGCAACGUGUCGGCGCUGUGCCCCGUGUGGAUCGUGUUUCCCCGAGGUGUCGGUGAUUAUUCUCUGUGAACGAAGCGUCAUUUAUUCAACAAAGUUCUGGUUAUGGAUAUCCGCGCGUCUGCAAAACGGGAAUAUCUUCUUGUCUGGGAUUAUGCGGACGGCAUCAAUGGAAGCAUUUUCAAACCCUCGCAGGAGGUGAAGGGAGGAUGAAGAAUGCCCCGCGUCGGUGGAGACGGGGGUGGCGGGUCGGAGAAGGCAGGGGGGAGCGGAUUCGGAGGAUGGCUCGGGGGUGCAGCGAGAGCCAUGACUGGGGCUACUGUUGGUGGCGGAUACGUCGUUUUGGGGGGCACCAGAUACGGUCUCCGACUUUCUCAGGAAAGCCUGCCGCCAUCAAGCUCGAGGGAGGAGUCUCAGGAGAGGCGACAGAAGCGGAACUCGCGGGAGAACGACUUGCGGGAGCGUUUGACGGAGAAGUCGCUGGAGAAUCCGGUGGUGGACCUGAGCUCGAGCAUCGCCGACUGCUGCUGCAUCGGGCCGCGCUCCCGUCUGCCGUUGCCGAGGAUCCCGACGUCAACGUCGACGUCGACACCGCCGACGACGGCGUCGUCGUACUCGUCGUCGACGUGUGGUGCCGUCGGAGGAGGAAGUGUAGGUGUAGGUGGAGCUGGAGGUGGCGGUGGAGGAGUAAGUGGUGGACAGACUCCGUUUCCUGGGCCUCCCACGUCUUCGAGCAGCCGUGCUGCCGGCAUGGAACAGCCGGCGACGCUGACGACGCCAACGAUGUCGGCGCAACCGUUGGUGAACUCUAAUAAUAACCAAGGGAUGCUGCAAACGUCGGUGGGGAACAGCACUGGCCAGCACCAUCCACCACAAUCGUCCGCAACUGUAACGGCAGCGGUACCGUCGUCCUCGUCGUCAUCCUCCUCGACGUCGUUCAGCGCGUCGACCGCCGUCCCGACGCUGCAGUCCGUCUCGGUGCCAAGGCAGCUCGCGCAGUGGACCAAGCAUCAGACCCUGAAGCUCCAGGAACCAGCAGUGAUAGCGGUGGACCGAUUGCACAGGUUCCGAUGGAGCGGGGGCGGAGGAGGAAGCGGCAAGAAGUCCUCUUCCGCCCCCCGGAGCGACAAGGCCGAACGCCUUCGAGAGCUCACCGAAAAACUGAAGGGCCCAGCACCGGUGCCACCGCCGAGACGACCUUCGAGGGUACAGGCGUCCUCUCCACCACCCACUGGUUAUUUGCCAACCCCGCAAAAUUAUCCGCAAGCAAUCAGUCAAGGAUGUGGUCGGUGCGAUGGCCGCCUAUCUUGUCGAAGCUACACGUACAGCGAGGGAAGCGGCCACGGGUCGAACAACCAGCAUUCGCAGCAACAUCACCUGAAGACGAUCGGCCGAAGUGACAGUGUCGGUGACGAGUGUUUGAGUGAGUCGGGUAGGGAUACGUGCAGGAAGACCUGCCCGGAUUCGAGGAGAUCCUUGCGAUCGGGCAGGCAACACGACAGGAGCAGUGGUGAUGUAAGUGACAUAAAAAACGAGCUGAACGCCAGUGCGAACGCGGCGAAACAUUUGAGACAGUACAGUGAUUCGGUGGUGGACAGUGCUACGUGUGUGGACGAUUUGUGCGACAACCUGAACGCUGCCUCGGCCGUUAACGAAGGCGAGGCCAGGGACGCCGUCACCAGGCUAGAACCGAGAGGACCUCUUCUCACCUUCCACAGAGCUGGCGCACCCUUUAGAAGCGCCUCCUUUGGGCAGGUAGACUUCAAUCAAGUGAACCGAACGAAGGCUCAGCCGAUAGCCACAUCGAACCGCACCGAAAACAAGGACGUCCGUGCGAGCACGCUGCCACGGCGCCGAGGGGAUGUCAGUCCAGUCGUCUCGACGCCGCAGAACAGCCCGAACCGUCAAAGUCCACGAACAUCGACGCCCAGCGUCGACAGCGCCGUCGGUUCCGCGGAAGGCUUGGGUGUACCGCAGACCGGAAAUCACGAAGAGAUCCGACCGAGGAGCGAUGGCUCCGACAGUCUGGCGACCUCCAGUGCCCUCACCAGCCCGGAACCACCGGUGCCCGAAAUCCACGAGCCCAGAGUCGACCUGGUGCAACCGGACGGUCUUCCGAUCGAGAUCGUCACGUCCGAGCCCGUCUUCCCGCUCGUCGAGAACUCGGCGAUCGAAGAAACCGUGCAAAAAGAAAAUAGGAUAGAGCCGCACGAAGUGAUAAUAACGCCGCCGCCGGAGGAGCCUAGGCUGAGCCAAGCGAGCGAGGGUAGCGAGGCGGCCAGCGAGGCACCCUCGGAGACGUCCUCGCCGUCGGGUAAAACGAGAAGGUACCGGGGGGACACCAGCAAAAGGAGAAAGGGCGUGUACAUAACCCAAUGGCCGGAGCCCUUGGACACCGACAGGAACAAGCUGUCAGCUCAGAGCAGCGAAGAACGAGACGAGCCACCUGCGACGCCCAGUGACCUCUCCGACUGCGAGGGCCACACGCCUAGAAGAUAUAGUAAGAGGCCUCUGCGGGGUCCCUACGGGCAAAUGCUCGAGGCCGAAAUGGCGAAGCCACGAGCCACCGACAUCGCCCUCGAGGAAGGUCUUCGUCCACGUAGGAAAGUUUCCGCGAAUCUUUCGUACAACACCAGCUCGAAUAACAGCGGCUCCGAGCCGCCAACACCUUGCCAUCACAGGACGACCUCCAGCCCGAGCAAACUCGAAGGACUUCCGGGACCAAGUCCCGAACUAUUGGCGGAACUACUUCGAGGUUCUUCGGAGAGGGUGGCCCGAGCGCCGGCGCAUCGAAACGAUACCAGAACUCACGUAGUCGUGGAACUUUAUGAUACCGAACGAUCGUACGUGGAGGCGCUACAAAUACUAGUCAAUAAAUACCUGCAACCACUGAAGAGUUCCGAAAAUGCCGGUUUGGUGGAUGCAGCGACAGUGGACGAAAUCUUUUACCAGGUUCCCUCUAUCCUCAAUCAUCACGAAGUAUUUCUGGAGGAACUGCGCAAAAGGCUCGAUACUUGGGAACUUAAACAGACAAUUGGCGAUGUCUUUCUCGAUGCGUUCACGAAGCCAGUCGUCCUGGACACGUACACCCUUUUCCUUGAUAAUUGGAAGUCCGCGAGGAAGGCGAUAAAGACGGCUUGUCAGGCGAAACCGGCUUUCGCACGAUUCCUCGAGACAAUGGAACGAGAGCACAAGGGAAAACUCGGACUAGAUCAGUUGCUGAUCAUGCCGGUGCAGAAGAUACCCCGUUACGAGCUACUCAUCCAAAGAUUGUUGAAGCACACCGAUGCGUCGCAUCCCGAUUUCGAAUUACUGCAAGCCGCUCAAAAGGAGGUGCACGAGUUAGUCGUGAAGAUCAAUUGCACGGAAAGACAGUCCCUCGAGUGGCAGCAACAGCAAACUACUUUGCGGGAAGUUCAAGCCCUCGUCGAAGGUCUCGUCGGCAUCGUUACUAACGACAGAGCUUUCGUCCGGCACGAUCUGGUCACCAUUGCCUCGAACCAGGGAACGAGAAAAGAACGCGCGUUGUUCUUGUUCUCCGAUCUACUCGUCAUCACCAGCAUCAAAAGGAGAAGCGGAACCAUCAAGAAACCGUCGACGAGUUCCUGUCCGAACAGUUUGGUCGGCCUACUGGAAGCAAACAAGUACAAAAUGUUAAUGAGAAUACCGCUGGACGACCUAGAAGUUAUGAAAGCCAAAGAUGAAAAUUUGAGGCGAAUGGCAAGGGAGGUGGACUACCUUCGAGAAGACUGCACCACGUUGGUACAGCUUCAGGAACUCGCGUCAACGUUGCACGGUGCAAAGCAACAACUCGAGGAUCUUAUCAAGGACAUGCUUGUGCAAGCGCAACGUCAAUUAGCCGAGAGGAAUGCGGCGCAUUCGCAAUUGGCCUGUUUAGAAUUAACGCUUAAUACUCAGGCCGGGAUCGAGAAUAUCUCCGUCAUGUUCACGAAACCGGACAAGAGGGCCAGUUGGGAGGAGAGCUUCAACGAGGCCAAGCAAAAGUUAGCGUUGUCCGCCGAUAGGAGACCCUGCCCCGAGUUUGUGGGUCCUCUGCCAAUUAGGAAGACUAGGGCCGGCUUGCAGUUCACUUGUGCUGCGCCCACCUUGACCAACGGUCAGGUUUCUCGGGAUGUCUGGGUGUGCAACAGCGACGGCUUCGUCGGCCAGGUGUGCGUGUUGAGCUUGAUGCCGGAACCGCCGCAUGUCACCUCUUGCAACGGUGUUUGCAACUCUAGGAUCCUGUGCGUAGCGGGAAUCCCGGCGUGUACACAAAGAUCGAAUUCAUGCGUGACUAACAACUCUUCGUACGCGAACAGUAAGAGCAGCAUAAGCAUAUCGGUCCAGGAUGUCGAUGCCAGUGGCGGGAACAUACACUUAGAUAGCUCGAGCUCCGAGGACUCAGACUCGGACGACAUUCCAUGUGCAGAUACGGGUAGCCUGACCUUGGGUGGCGAUGUUCCAAGUAUUGAUAGUUCGACAACGGAAGAGGAGACCAAUCAACCCACGAUGUGGCUGGGAAUGGAAGACGGAUGCAUACACGUUUACAAUUGCAACGACAACAUCAGAAUCAAGAAGAACAAAGUGAAGCUCCAGCAUAAUAGCAGCGUGCAUAGCAUCAUAUACUUGGACAAUAAAGUGUUCGUGUCGCUGGCUAAUGGAGACAUCACCGUCUACAUUCGAGAUCAUUUGGGUGGUUGGAACACACCAGUCCCAACAACCAUAAUGGUAGGAACGGCAGCGACUCCCAUCACAAGAAUGCUUUCGGUGUCUGGUAAACUUUGGUGCGGCUGUCGCAACACUGUGAAAAUCCUGAACACCCAGACGUACGACGUCGAACACAGUUUCGCCGUCAGCAAUGACUCGUCCACGUCGGUUUCCUGUAUGGCGAGUUCCGGUGGUCUUGGAGUUUGGAUUUCUUUGCACAACAGCGCCGUUUUGCGACUGUUCCAUUCUACCAGCUAUGAAUGCUUGACGGACAUCAACAUAGCUCCGGCUGUUACCAAAAUGCUUACCACAGGUUGCGAUGACAUAAUACGACAGCACAAGGCUGCCUGUCUUCGAGUUACCGCACUUUUGGCUUGCAACGAGUUGCUUUGGAUCGGUACAAGCGCCGGUGUUCUCCUAACCGUGCCAAUUCCCCAUAUAAAGCCAUCCACUCAGAGGAUGUCACAGCCGCCAAUUGUAACUGGCAUUCCCCAUGGGCACACUGGGCACGUGCGUUUCCUCACGUGCGUGGAAACAUUGACACCAUCGAAACCGGAUCCACGUCCGAAAGUGAACAGAUACUCCCUAAAAUCCAAUAAGAAUCAACAAAACAACAUCAAUCGCGGGAAACUCCUGGUGAUAUCAGGCGGCGAUGGCUACGAGGAUUUCAGAGGACCUCAAGCUUCCGCUGAGCCGCAGGCUGGUCGUGAAGACUCGACCAAUCAUCUGCUGCUUUGGAAAGUGUGAUGUGAUCUAGAACGACCCUCGGCAAGGGUCGCAGUUCACGCACGUCGGCAUGACACGCCGUGGGAAUCGUUGUCACGUGUGCACUCGACACGUGGUCGGGUCCGAGAUCGUCCGAUCGUGGCUGUUCAGGACGUAUUCGCUCGACGGUUUUUCAGGGAACGCGGGAAGGUUCUCUGGCUCGUUUUGGCCGAGUCGAUCAAGAGCAGAAUGUGGGAGGUUCGUUGUUUGCAAGGUGCCAAGAGGAACGGGUUCCGCAGCGUGACGGGACCCGAGUAGGCGAUUUUUCACCAGUUACCUUCGACGCUGACGUAAUUCACGAUCAGACUUCGAGACCGGGUGAUCUGUUUGACAGUUGUUGAAACGUUUUAGACAGAGACGCGGACAGUACUGUGUAAACGAUUUGCUGAAAUCAGCGGAGGGACUCUGAAAUUGACUACGUAGAUCGCUCAGCACAAUCAUUUGACUAACGCGGGGCUUCAGGAAAUCGUUUAGCAGAAGAUUUGUAUUUUUGCACCGGAUCCAGAAAUAAUUUUUGCGAAUUUGUCACGCGAUCGUGUUUACUAUCGAUGUAUUUUACUGUUCGUUAAAGAGGAAUGCGAGAUAGAUAGGACUACGCGUGUACCCGUUCGGAGAACAGUAAUUGGGAUAGAUGGCGUAAUGAGGUACGGUACCUGGGAGAGCGUUGAAUCGAGCUUAUUAUACAACCGACACAGGCCUAACCUAGACACUAAAAAAGAGACUAAUCCAAUGAAUUGUGCCAAAACGAAUUUAUCAUUGUCCAUCGAUCGACGCUAAGCAAGAACUGACGUACUUCAUUAUUCGUUUUCUUAACCGACAUCAAACUGAAUGUGUUCGUGUUGAACGUGAUGGAACUGGUCCAGACUUCGGACAUCGGGUGCGAGUAAUCUUUUGAAAUUCAAAUAUCUCUAGAUACAACUGUUACCUUGUUGUUGGUCGGGAGUUUAAAUUAAUCUGUUCCCCCGCGUGUGAACACGAGAGGGAAAUAACAGGAAAAUAACAUUCGUCGAACGGAAAUAACAGUGAUUACGUAUUUAGCGAAAUUUUUGUCCGCCUUACGCAAAAAAAAGAAAAAUAAAUGAACAAAUGUUGUCGCAAGUGAAAAAGAAACGCAGAUCUAAUGGAAAAGUAAUUUCAGAGUCGUGAGAUAUUUUUAUUCGGACGAAGAAUAUUCCUUGAAGCUUCGCUGCGAUAAUUACUUCGGAGAAAUCAGGUCGAAUUGAUUGUGGGCUGCAUCGAGGGCUGCGAAAUUCGCGAGGCCACUUUGUAUAGUUUCCCCUGGUCAAAGUGUACUUUUCGUUAAGUCUUUAAGCUCUUUACACCUACCGCGCGGUUUAUUCGCUUAAACGUAUAGGCGACUCGUAUACUUUUCUACAAAGUUCCAACGAUCCACGGAAAUAUCAACUAUGUUAUUAACAUACAGCGUAUUUGACAAUAAUUAAUUGAUAUCGAUUGUUCGAGUGAUCCUACGCGAGACAAAUGUAUCGAUGACGUCAACCAAAGCCGACGAAUUUUGGUUUUCGCGUAUCGUCACGCUAAAGAUCGUCGUUUAGAGUCGCGGAAUACGGGCGUUCUUCAGCUUGGAACACUUCGUCCUAAAGAUUGUUGUUGCAAAGAUUUAAUUGUCCUCCUUUUCAAGAUACCACCUUUCGCCGAAGAAAGGUCUCAACUUCGUUGCUGUUGUAAUAUUGGGAUCACUGAUUCGAACACCGCAAGGUUAAACAAAUUCCGAUUUUAAACUGGCUGUGCAUUCUUUCCAACUUGUGCAACUUGUCAAAAAAAAACAAAUACGGUUGUAUUUAACUUUAGUUUUUGCAUGUUACACAGACAAUGUGAUUCUGAAAAACAUUUAAUUUCAGUUGUAGCAAUUGCGAUCCCUGGAUUUUGUGCAAUACAUGUAUUUGUAAUUGGAUCAUAAAUGGAAAAAAAAUGAGACAAUUGAAAAUGCGAGAAAAAUUGGCUAAAAUAAAAUUCUUUGUCGUGUAUGCAAGAAUAGGUAAAUUACAUCUGCAAGGUAAAGAGAGCAAAUGACAGAUAAUAUGCUGAGAGCAUAUAAUAUACCGAAUGGGAACAAGUGCUUGUUAGUGAUCUUCGAAUUGAGCUUCAUAUCGAGCUUGCUGUGGCUACAAGUGAAAAAUGACUUAAUGUAUCAUAUGUAUAUUUGUAAUUAUGAGAAACAUCAUUUUGAAUGUAAUUCCUUUCAAAAUCAAUAUCAGCUGUCAAUAGUCUUAAAUGUUACUUAAACGUUGACAAAUUCUAGACAGCGUGAUUGUCUGCUUCUAGAAGAUAUCACUUUCGUUAGGAACACAUAGUAUGUUCUAUCUAUGAAAUAUUUUAUGUGAUAAAUUUAAGUCUUCGACGCAUUGGUAACGGAAGAUACCAACCUUAAAGAACCAGAAUUUAAAAAAAAAUGUCAAAUCUGUUCUCGAGUCUUCCUUGUUUCGUUACGUACACUUCAGCGAUGGCGAAUUAGGAAGAAUUAUUUUUAUCGAUUAGCUUCGCCUGUCAUUAUACCUCUCUACCGUUCGCUAAUAUGGAGCCACAUCUUUUUCGUCUCUCAAACAAACCAAAAGUUCCCGCAACACGAAAAUUAACAGUCGGAUCGCAUGACUUGCAGCGGAACGACUGCCCUCUCUAAAAAAAAAAAGAAAGAAGUGAUUACAAUUAUUGACCCCAAUAUUAUAACUUCUCACCAAGUAGAAUACAGCGUACCUUGUCACUUCACAACUCUCGUAUGUUAAUCAGCGCUUCUUAUUUCAGAAAACGGAGAACAUUGAUAUUCAUCGCGAAGUUUUUUGAAACAUUGUACAAACCCGUUACCUAAUUAUAAACACAUACACGGAAACAGUGAUAAAAAGGCAGUCCAAAUACACUAAACUAAGGGUCGCAUCGUUUUACUGAUAGAGCCGGUGUCGCUUCGUUUACGCACGUUUCAAGACUGAAAACGGGAUCUCGGAAAACGACACGGAAAACAAUGUCGUACGCGUGGAACGUCGUACGACCACAAUAAACUCGAUAGCUUUUGGUACACGAUAUUCUGAUUCUAGAUAGAAAUUACAAUUCCCAUUAUCGACUGGCUCAAACUGAAAAACGAUCGCCGCUUAAAUCGCUCCUCAAAAAUAGUUUAAGACCUUUUCGAUGUAUUUUUCCUUGCACCUGUACGUGUGAUGAUCGCUUUCCACGAGCCUGCUGCACGAGUCGGUCGCGUAGCUCUCCGAUUAUUAUCAUUGCAAUUCGCACCACUUGGGACUGCGAUCGAACUGGUAACAAGUCGUACGAAUCGUUCGAACAGAGCGUACAAUAUCGCAGGAAAAUUUACCAGCCGUGUACAGGUUUCGUAUAGAGUAUAUUUAUCGGUGUAAUUCCCAUUAUCUUGCAAGAUGUUAUGCGAUUCGUGGAGAGAAGCCAAGAACCAUUGAGAAUGAAGAUCCAAUGACGAACUCUGCCUUCGAUGCUUGUCUUUCAAACGAAUGUUAGAUUUGCUCUACCGGCACGUGUAAUUGCGUUUUGUUGAUGCAUGGCUCUGUGUGUGCGCGUGAUGUGUACAACUAAAAGAGAAUCGAAGCGCGAGGAUACACGAUCGACAAUGGUCAGAAGCAGAGCUUGCGUGUGAAUCUUGCGUGUGGAUUUCCCUUCGGUUGUCUCUGUUCGUCCAGGAAUUGGUCGAAACACUUGUUUAGGGAAACGUUGCUUCGCCGACGAACGUGGCCAGGUGUGGAAAGCAGAUAAACAAGAAAUAAUAUUAUUUAUUAUAGCAACGUAAGGUAUGCGGAAGUACACACGCCAGCUGUAUCGCGAUUGAUACUGUAUGAAUGCAUCUGUGGUAUUUCUAGUGUGCAAUAAGAACGGUGUCAUGUGUACAGCAACGAUCGCGCUCGUAAGUUAUUGUUAAUGUUAUUAAUGAUAACUAGAGGGCGAAACACGCAACUGCGGAGAAAUAUAUUUGUAUUAUAUGUAUUCGUUCCUUCCUAUUGGUGUCGUUAUUUCAUUAUCCUGGUCAUUUGCGCGACGAGUCAAUUAUCGUACGACAGUUCUUAUCUCAUCAAGUAUUGGUCGAAUAAAAAUCAAUCCUACAUA